AUGACUGAUCAGAAGCAAUAUGACUCCCGUGUCUCAUCGGAGCACGUUGAUGAAGUAGCAUCAAUCAAGAAGGAAGAGACUAGCAUCAAUCUAUCCAUGACAGACGAAGAGUACGAUGUAAUUGAAAAGAAAGUCGUUCUAAAAUUAGACUUUACUUUAUUGCCGAUGGUCUGGCUACUUUACUUCUUCAAUUACCUUGACAGAAACAACAUUGCACAGGCUCGCCUAAGCUCUUUCGAGGAAGACCUUGGACUCAAAGGAAACCAGUUCAAUGUGGCGGUGUCUAUCUUGAACGUUGGAUACAUGAUAAUGCAACUUCCAAGCAAUAUGCUACUGACUCGAACCCGACCGUCGAUUUACAUACCCGCCUGGACUGCCCUCUGGUCCAUCGUCUCAGCAGCCACAGCUGGAGCCUCUAAUUACUCCCAUCUCAUCGUCAUCCGGUUCUUUCUUGGUAUUGCUGAGGCACCGUUCUUUCCUGGUGCUAUGUUCUUGUUGAGUUGUUGGUAUCCCCGCAAAGAACUUGCUCUCCGAACCGCGAUUUUAUACUCGGGCGUUCUCCUCGCUACUGCUUUCUCAGGCUUGAUUGCUGCCGGUGUUCUUUCGGGUCUUGAGGGUGCUAGAGGCAUGGCUGGUUGGCAGUGGUUGUUUAUUAUUGAAGGUGCUGGUAGCUUUUGUGCCGCACUUUUUGCCUUCUUUAUUUUACCUGACUUCCCUGGUCAAAAGACCGGUGUCAUGAAGUGA